AUGGGAAAAGGCGCUAAAGGAAAGUCAUCGGCAACGGCAGCGACACGAAAGAAACAUGCAAAGAAGCAUGCUCAACCUGACGAUGCCCCCAAUAACCAGCCUCAGGUGAAGAGGAUCAAGAAGGAUAGAGGCAAGAAGAAAGACAAGGAGCCGAGGAAGAAGGUCUAUAUUCCGCCUGUGAAGCCUGCGCCUGUUCAACCGGACCCAUUGGAAACGACUGGUUUGGCCCAUACCUUGCCACCGGAGCUGUUGGUUGUCCUCCGGAGUUUCAACAAGAAGGCCCAGGUCACCAAGAUUCGUGCGUUGGAGGAACUGAACACGGGAUGGGUCGAGAAGGCGUUGGCGGAGGGAGAAGAAGGGAUGAUUUCGUAUACAUUGGUGGACAUGCUUCCAGUUUGGAUGCACCAUGUUCCAGCGCUAUUGAUUCACCCUUCGCGACGGGUCCGUUUCCUGGCCGCCUCAAUCCACCUCUCGUUCCUGCGAAUUCCACCCGUUCGCGACCAAGUCUUCUUUUUCUUACGCGAAAGUGCAUCGGAAUCGCACCUGGAACAAAUAGUCGGUACAUGGUCCAUGUCCGCACACGACGUCGAUAAGACCGUAGCGACCACCUCGACCAAGUCCUGGAAGGACGCUUACGGCCAACUCAAAUGCGAUGACGCACUCUUUGAGUUCAUUCAACAAACGGUCUUGGAUCCUGAAGGAAUCUACACUUCGCUGCAUCCAGUCCAGCCCACAGUGCCGCAACAGCAAUCGCAACCUCAAUCCCGGAAGGGUUCCGGCAAGAAUACGCCUGUACGACGAGAGAGGAAGGAUGAUCCUGAAUCCACGAGGAGCAAGGUCGACGAAGCGGAGGAAAGCGAUCAGGAUAAGAAGGCGCGGUUGAGGAUCGGUGCGCUUGGUGCUCUGGGAUGGCUCAUUCAAAACUCGGCGCGACUUCCCGAAACCGCGAUUGUUCUCUUCGCCAACCACGCGUUCCUGACGUGCUUGCACCCAUCCCCGACUCCGCCAUGGAUCGAGAUGGAGGCAUUUGGCUACGCCCAACCUCCUGUUCGCAAGGCGAUGUGGAGUUUGGUCCAUGUGUUGCUUCAGAAGCAGAAAGAUCAUUUGAAGGAGUGUAUUCCUGGACUUUCGCGUGCGAUGUUGAGGAGCGCGUGGGUGGAGUCGGAUUUGAGUGUCCAAUCGGUGCUUUGGCAUCCGCUGUUGACGUUCCUCAAGGAUUUCCCGUCUGCUUGGGAAUCUGCUUCGAUUCAAGACGCGGAAGAUCGAGAGGAUGAAGAGCCUGAGGAUGAGGAAGAAGACAGUGAAGAUGAAGACGAAGAUCAGCCAUCGCGGCCGAAGGAGACGCCGCCGACAGGACCAAGCUUUGCUGCAUACGAAGAAUUCUUGGAGUUUUUGAGAAAGGGUUGCGGUGGUUCGCCUAUCCAGGGAUAUCCGGUGGUUGUCUUGAUUAUGAGCACUAUUCCUGCUUCCAUGUUAUUCGCCAAUUCAUACGCUGGCCUCGACAAAUUCUUCGCCGCUUUCUGGGAAGCUCUAGAUUCCCGUGCUCUCAGUUCGCUCAAUCGCGUAAAUGCGUCCGCGGCAUUCCUCUCCUCAGUACUCGAAUCGACGGGCUUCCUCAUUCGUCGACUAUUCGCGGCUCAAGAAAGUCUUGGAUUAAGCGAGGGAGAGGCUCAUAACAAGGCGAACGGACUCGUAGAAGAGCAGGUGAAGAAGGUGUGGAGUGACCUCGAAGAGGGAAGGUUGAAAGUGGAUGAAACUGUCCUUGCGAAGGAGUUUAGCAAGACCCUUGGGUACUUGAGGAAGGUCAAGCCUGAAUUGCAUUCGACUGCAUGGAACACCAUUAAGAACGCGACAGCAGCCGUCAGUAAGACCCACCCAGGGUUGGUUGCGACUUUUUUGAAGGGCUUGUCGGAGGAUGGUCAGGGACAAGGCCAGUCUCCCACUGCGCCUCUAGUGGGCGGCGCCAAGGAAGAGCUCUUGACUGAGUUGGCGGGUGACGCGUUAGCUGCGUACGAAGAUCCGUCCGAGGGCAACGAAGGCGCGGAGAAGGCCAAGCAGCUUCUUCCUGACCUGUUGAAUAGGUUCCAAGGAGACCUUUUCAAGGAUGCUCCGUUUGUCCAGCGACUGGAGACCCUGCUUGAGCAUAAGACGGGAACGCUCCUCGAUAGAUCGCCUUCGUUGAUCGUUUCGAUUCUGUCGUAUUGGAAGGAUGAGCAGAAGGCGAAUGCGGUCUGGCAGAGGGUUUUGAGGCAUCUAGCUUCGCCCGAUCCUUCAAUCAAGGCAUCGGAAGACGAGAAGAAACGCAUGGGCGUACUGACGAUGUUGUUGGACGUCAUUCGCAAGAGUCGACUGCCUGCACAUUUGAAACCCGUCGAUGAGGUGUUCGACGGAGUUGUGAGUGCGAUGUUUGCACGGGUGGUGGAGAAGCCGGGUGAACAGGGUGUGCUUGGCUGCUUGAGGGGUGUUUUGCAGUUCCAUAGCUACUUCAUGACUAGCAAAGGAUUUCUCGAGUUGUUCUCGAGCAUUUCCUCCUCGCUCAAGUAUCAGAUUGCACAGAUCUUCGAUGGGACGGACUCUAUCCCGUUCACGGGUAUGAACGCCCUCCUCGAUCUCGUGUUCUCGAGUUACACUUCCUCGCCGAAGACGGUCUCCGCUUUCGAUGGUGUCGAUGAACUGAUCACGCAAGUGAUCCUGUACGGGAGGCUCCUGCCGCUAUGUGAAGGCGUGGACGAGAAGGACAGCGAGGAUACUUUCACUCUCGCAUUGGAUCUUUGGCAUGUCUGGAGCAGGUCGGUCGGUGGGGAGCAAAAGGACAAGGUUUCAGUGGCCGUGAAGAAGAAGGUCAGGGAAUUCGUGGUGGGCACCAAUAAUCCGAGGGUUUCGCCUUUGGCUGUCCUUUCGAUGAUCUCCCAGCGAAUCCCAGAUUUGACGACAAACGGAAGCCUGAUGGACUUUUUACCCACUGAGAAGGAGCUCGAAGAGAUGUUGGAAGGCCUUUCUUCAACACCUAUAGAUCCUAGCAUGGCCGUCGUCGACCCACUCCUUCCUCCCCACACCGCCGGGCGCCGAUCUUCGUCUCAAGUCAUCUCCAAAGACCAGAACGGAUUCUCGAGCUACGCCAGGGGCGUCUUUGCAGUCCUGCAAGUCCUCUCAGUCAACCGUGUUCUGGCGAAGAAGAACCUCUGGGCCUUGAAGCACUUUGUUGUUUUGGGACUUUGUGUGCAUGAUUUGCAGAGCGUGCCUGCGCGGUUCGGUGAAGGUGGAGGGCAUGGGCCGUUUGAUGAGAGGGCUUUGGGUGUUUCGGGGCCUAUGGCUGUUUCGGAGAUUACGAAGAAGGUGGACCAGAUGACGACGUACCUUUUGCUUUCUGGAGGUGCUGUUGCAGAUGGGGGUAGGGAUUGGAGGAGUGAAGCCGUGGAUCGGCUUACCAGUGGCAAGGGUGAAGAGGGAGCCAUCGAUGAUGUGACUUUGAGUGGGUUCUUGGUGAGGUGUGUCAAUGAAGCGGUUGAAAAGGAGAAAGUGGGAGAAGGGAUUCUUGAGGCGAGGGUUUUGAGAGUCGUCCUUGAUCAUGUCCUCGAAGAGUUGGAGAGUGCAGACGCGGGGAAGUGGGUUGUCUAUGCUCGGAAGAUUGAGAGAUCUGCUCCGGAGACUUCACUGUCCAUUAUCUACUCCGUCGCUCAAGCAAGACUCGAAACGCAGAAGUUGGAUCGUUACAGGAACGAAGUCGCUGCCUCGCUGUUGGGUAUCCCGCCAGCCAAGGUCAACACGGAAGGCCUGCUCGCGCUCAGGAAACUCGCUGCGUCUGCCCCUGACCCCGACUCGGAUGUGGUGUUUUUGCCGCAGCUGAGGGCUGUUAAUGUGGUCAAGGCCUGCCAGAAGUGGGUCGAGGAGGGAGGAGACGACGAAGACGACGAUGAUGACGAGGGCGGCGUGGACGAGGAGGUCGAAAAUGCGAUGCUUCCCGUGUUUUGUGCUCUUGCGCCUAUCCUGCAGAACGAUCAUGGCAAGCAUUGGGAGUUUGUGUUUGAUUUGGUUGAGACUGUUCUCGAGAAUUCGUCGGUGGAGGACGAUGAUACGCUCGUUGGACUUUCGAGAGCCCUGAAGAUGCUCCUCGUUAUCGAGGAUUUGUGCAUGACGAACAAGGGGCUGAGAGCUGAGUGGGAGCCUAGGAGAACGAAUGUGUUGACCCUCGUCAGGGAUCUGGCUGGCGUUCGACUUGAAAACACGGCGGUCUCUCUUCCUCGUUCAAUUUGCAGAGAACUGUUGCUCUCGAUCGUGCAAACCUUACCCGCUUCGUUGAUUGACCGUGACACGCUUGCCAAGAUGUGUCAUCUUAUUACCGACCCGUCUACGGAUGUACAGAAGAUGGCGUAUGCAAUGCUCAAGACUGCUGCGGAAAAGAGAACGGAAUAUCUUGUGAUUGAAGUCGGAGUGGGCAACCUCUCGUUGGAGGAGGGUGAAGCAGGCAAGGUUGAGGAAGAGGAAGCAACGACCAAGGCCGAAGUCGAGGAGAGUAUUGCGGAGCAGGCGCCAGUACCACAGCCACAGCCGCAACGGGAACAGAAGAAGGCGAAAGGAGGGAAGGGAGGUAAAGGACGCAAGAAGAAGCAGAAGGAGAAGAUUAGUGAGAAGGAUAGUGCACCGGGUCUUUUGCCCAGUGAGCUUGUGCGCAUUCUGCAACAGGAUGUGGCGUUACUUGUUGAGGAAGACGAUUUCCUCGCUGAGCAGCGCGCAUUUGGAUGGAUGUUGGCCUGGAUGCUCGUAUUUGAUUCGUUCAAGGAUGCGUCAUUCAAAGUCAAAUCGAUGUACAUUGAACAGCUGCGAAACUUUGAUUUAGUGGGGUCGAAGCUGCUGCCCAAUAUCAUUGCGGCACUGCGGCUUGAUGGAGGACUGAGCAAGGCGUUCAAGAUUGGACUGUGGGGCGUCGACGAGUUUUACGUUCAAUACUUUGAACCGUCGAACGUGAUCAGCAUUCCGGUUCUCGCUGCGCACUUGUAUUACCGGUCGCUCCUCUGCGUUCCGUCCCUGGUGCAUACUUGGGUGCUGGAUUGCAAAGACCGUCAGCUGAGCAAUGCGAUCACGACGAUAACUGCGCAGUACUUCUCGCCCCUAAUCAUCCAAGCGGAGCUCGCGCAUGUUCGGUCGCCUGAAGGAAUUGCCGAACUGACUGGGGAUGGGCUGACGGUGAAGGUCGUUGGAGGCAGCGGUGGAGCGGGAGGUGCAGUGGGCAGUGGAGGUGCAAGCGGGAAUGAAGUUGUGGCAGCCUACUCGGUGGACGAGCAUCAGCUUGAGCUUAGGCUGAAGAUUCCGAGUGAUUGGCCGUUGCACAAGAUUGAAGUCAAGGAUGAGAAACGGGUUGGGGUUGAUGAGAACCGGUGGAGAGCCUGGGUCCUUGCUGUGCAGCAGACGAUUUGGAUGCAUAACGGACGUAUUGUGGAUGGGUUGAGUCUGUUCAAGAAAAACGUGACACUGCAUUUCGAAGGCCAAGUGGAAUGCGCUAUCUGCUAUUCCUCACCCCCUCUCUUCCUUCUCAUCGUCUUCGUCGUCGCCGUCGUCGCCGACCGCGAGACGCCUUUCGUCGUUGUCAACAUGGGUGCCGCCACGACUACCAAGAACGUCGAGGACAUUGUUCCCUCCGACCUCAACAUUCCCGACAACUAUGUCCAGCACACGCUCAAAACGACAAAGGAGCUCCCCCCUUUCCGCUGGAGCAACAUCCUCAACGAGCUCAACUACCUUAACUGUAUGAAGACCAUGCUCUUCGCCAUCUUCUACUACUACCUCACCGGCUUGGGUAUCACCGCGGGCUACCACAGACUAUGGGCCCACCGCUCCUACAAUGCGUCAAAGCCCCUCCAAUACUUCCUCGCUCUGCUCGGUGCCGGCGCCGUCGAAGGUUCCAUCAGGUGGUGGGCCAGAGGCCACCGCGCGCACCACCGCUACACCGAUACCGACUUGGACCCCUACAACGCCCACAAGGGUUUCUGGUAUUCCCAUAUGGGAUGGAUGUUGCUCAAGCCAAGGCGCAAGCCCGGCGUUGCCGACGUCAGCGACCUCUCCAAGAACCCCGUGGUGCGCUGGCAACACAGAUGGUACCUCGAACUCAUCAUCUUGAUGGCCUUCGUCCUCCCCACUUUGAUUCCGUGGUACCUGUGGAACGAUGCUCGCGGUGGCUUUGUCUAUGCCGGAGUGUUGAGAUUGUGCUUUGUUCACCAUUCCACCUUCUGCGUCAACUCGCUCGCUCACUGGCUCGGAGACACUCCCUUCGAUGACAAGCACACUCCCCGCGACCAUGUCAUUACCGCUUUCGCCACCAUCGGUGAAGGCUACCACAAUUUCCACCACCAGUUCCCCAUGGACUACCGAAAUGCUAUCAAGUGGUACCAGUACGACCCCACCAAGUGGUUCAUCUGGACUUGCCAGAAACUCGGUCUCGCCUCGCAUCUCAAGGUCUUCCCUGACAACGAAGUGCGCAAGGGUCAAUUGACGAUGGAGUUGAAGAAACUUCGCCAGACGCAGGAGAAGCUCGCCUGGCCCAGCGACUCGAACGACCUCCCCGUCAUCAACUGGGAGAGCUUCCAGGAGCAAGCCAAGAAGCGGCCACUCAUGUUGAUCUCCGGCUUCAUUCAUGACGUUAGCAACUUCAUCGACGAGCACCCCGGUGGACCCCAUCUUAUUGUCAAGUUCAUUGGCAAGGAUGCUACCACUGCUUUCUUUGGAGGUGUUUAUGAUCACUCGAACGCUGCUCACAACUUGCUCGCCAUGAAGCGUGUUGGUGUUCUGCACGGUGGUAUGCCCACUGGCUUCGACGAGAAAGCCAUCCCACCUUCUCAACGACUCCGAAUCGCUCGAUACACCGAGCUGACAUCGCCGUACGCCUCCAGCGCCGCACAGUCCGACGGAGAGGGUAUCCUCGGCUAA